UCCUCCUCUUUACACACCGGCUCGCAACCACCCUCCCAGCCAGUCACCUCCAGUGCGACCGGCCGGCUGGAGCGCAGAGGCGAACCAACAGAUCCAAACCGGCCACGGAGACCGUGGAGCUGCGUUUUUUGGAAGCUCACCAGAGAGACGCCAAAGCAGGAGAGGAGAAUGGGACACCGGUGCUCGGAUCAAGACUGAGUUUGGUCGGCACGCUGAGAGCUUCUCGUUUUCCAAGUCCCUUUUUUUCUCUCUAUCCCUCUCUCUCAGACACAGUCACCGCGUUUUCACCGCUGACACAAUGGGCUGCUGCAGCGGGCGAUGCACUCUCAUCUUUAUUUGCACUUUACAGUUGGUGUUGGCUUUAGAAAGACAGGUCUUUGACUUCCUGGGUUACCAGUGGGCCCCCAUCCUUGCCAACUUCUUCCACAUCAUCAUCGUCAUCCUCGGCCUCUUCGGCACCAUCCAGUACCGGCCGCGCUACAUUGUAGUGUACACAGUAUGGGCCGCGCUCUGGGUAGCCUGGAACGUCUUCAUCAUCUGUUUCUAUCUGGAUGUCGGAGGCCUGUCCAAGGACAGCGACCUGCUGACAUUUAACAUCUCAGCCCACCACUCUUGGUGGAGUGAACACGGCCCCGGCUGUGUCAGGAGAGAGAUGCCACAAGCUCCUGGGGUCCGCACCACAGAGAGCCACUCCUACAUCACGGUCAUGGGGUGCCUCAUGGACUACCAGUACAUCGAGGUCAUGCACAGCGGCACGCAGAUUCUUGUUGCUCUCCUGGGCUUCGUGUACGCCUGUUAUGUUGUCAGCGCUAUCACCGAGGAGGAGGACAGCUUUGAUUUUAUUGGUGGAUUUGACCCAUUCCCACUCUACCAUGUCAAUGAGAAACCAUCUCAUCUCCUCUUAAAGCCCGUGUACCUGUCUACGUAAGUAGGAGAGCACCCAGCUCGAAGGUGAUGCGGCAAAUUUCCCACGGAGACGAAAUGCCUGUUGUGACACAAACAUCCCAGUGCACUUCUGCACACCAGACGUUCCUCCCCCCCGCCUGGAUUUCUGUACUUUAAACAUGUAAUUUGCUGGUGCGCUGCCCAAAAAAAAAAAAAAAAAAAAAAAAGCCAACGUUUCUCAGUUUGGGUCCAUUGUGACGAGUUCAGGGGACUGGGGAAUUACGGUAAAACGAAGCUUGUAUUUUGGAGCAUUUGUGUGUUUAGAGAGAUAUCCAUCCUUUUCUUUGCGUUCUCCGCUGACGGCCCACUGCUGCGACCCACCCGACGUGAGCUAAUGCUCCCCAGGACCGUGACUGUAUGGAACAUGUACAGUAUAUAAAUACAUUGUGUGUGUAAUCAGGGACUGCCCAGCAUUCCCACUCUGUGGUACAGUGUCUUAGAGGACUCAGUGAUUUAGCAUAUUAUUGCUGGUUCGGCUCAGAUCUUGGCCAGAGGACUGAAUUACAGUGGAGCCUGUGGAAUGAGCUAUUGUGCGCUGUCUGUUUACUUUAGUCCAGGAUCUGCGUGCAUAAAUACAGAAGCGGAGCAGGAAGAGGCAGGGGAGUGGAGAGGUAGAGGCCUGGGAGGGAACAAAAGCACAAAAGCGCCAAACCUACGGGGGCAUCUGUCAGAAAUAGAAAAUAUAAAUAAUGGAACUGGGAGGGGAAGAAUUGUCAAUUUAGGCGUUUAAAUGUGAAUAUCAAGAAUGCAAAAGAGUGUUGAAGGUGUUCAAACACACGGAGCCGCAUGCAAGUCUUACUUUAAUUUCUUGAGUCUUAUUAUUGUGACUAUUUUUGCUACAGCAACGGCAGUAUUUUUGAAACGUCGGGUGUUUGUGUUAGACAUUAUGCUGAAAGCUUUGUUUUCACUUCGGUUCUCUUAAUUACUGAGAUCUGUCAAAGACAGUCAUUACAAAGGUUACACUGCAUAUGUUUAACUUGAAUCAAACAAUAGGAAUUGUUUCACUCUUUAUAUUACACGCACAGCCUAUUGUCUAGUUGUUUGGGUAUGACCUUUGGUGCAGAGGUAGCAUAGCUGUACCUGGAUACCUUGUCUGCUCUCAGUUUAAACCCUCCAUGACGUUAGUCUCAGUUGUGCUUGUUUAAUAGCAUGUUUUUGAGCAGGGUUUGCGUUGUAAUUGUGUAUAGCAUAUUAGGAAAAUAUGGCAUCUUUAUCUCACAGUGUUUGAGCUGGUUAGAGCUGGUUCGGCUUUAACUGAAAGCUUCUUCUGAGCUCUCGACAUCUUUCAUUCUGACACAGCAAAGUUUAUUUUGGGCUCAAGUGCACAAACAUGUAUCACAUCUCCCACUUAGCACUUUUUUUGUGUGCUUGUUCAUGUUUGAUUUUUCCACAGCAAAGUCAGACGUUGUCACAUCUCCCUUCACCUUCCUGCGCGUGUGAAUCACCGCUGACCUCUGGUGGUCAAAGUGCUCAUGUACAAGUUGCAGCGCUACCCGGUUUCUGGUCUUUUUUAGUCAUCGCUCUGUCCCGGCCACCUUUUAUUUCUUACAUUGUGUUUUAACCGUACGCAGGUUAAGACUCUGCCACCGUCUAUAUUUGAUUGCAGAUCCUUUCUAUUUUUUCAUUUGUUUGAUUGCAAUAUCUCUUGGUGCAUAGACAGAAACUGACCGCUAAGCUUGUCGUUUUUUUUUUCUAUAAUCAAAAGGAAGAUGUUUUUGUAUUUCGUUUCCAGUUAUUUUUAAUCUACUAUCUGCAGCUAAAAAUAUCAAGUGAGUGUCAGAUUCCUCUGUGAUAUUUAAAUAUUCUUCACUGCCAAUUGUCUAAACUGUUAAAACAUCCUCUGACCAAUUGUGACGGCUAUUUUUACAACGAUGCGAGCAAACCAUGUUGAUUUGAUAGGUCAGAUCUCUAUUGGAGGGUUGCAAUCAUUUCUAUGUCAUUACUGUCUUUAUAUCUUAAGGUUUACACGUUUCUGGUAAGCUAACCCAUCUGUGUGUGUGUUAGAAAAAACACAAUGCACCUCACACUGUAUCAUAAUCAGUAUUAGUAGUAAAAUUCUACUAAAAUUGUUAAUGUAAAAAAUUAAAAAAAAAAAAUACUAGUCUUCCUCUCAGUGCAAUACAUCCUUUUCCCAAACCCUGGCGGCUGGUGUUAGUUGACGCCCGUUACGGUUGUGUAUGUGCUAGUCUCCACUGAAAAAGAUUCCACCUCUUUGUAGAUAUGUUUUUCUUUGUAUAGAAAGUGGAAAAAGAUGAUCUUCCUCUUUUGUUUUCGCGUCCUGUGUUGCUCCGAACUCAUGUGACCUGAUUGUGUACUCCUAUUUAUCCAGAACUGUGCUUUGUGUUCAUGUAAAUAGGUGUUUGUUAAUAAUAAAAAAAAGAAUGUGCUCUUUUAA